CAUAAGGUGUUGUUUGAUACAGUUCCUCUUUCGCUUAGCCCAUCGAGAGCAACAUUACGCCGUCAUAUUGGCAUCUCCUCAAGUUUUCACUCUAGAGAAGCAUCACACAGGAAUGCGCGGAUGCUGACAGGCCGCUGUGUAGAAUGCGCGCGUUGUCACAGCGACAGAGCGGCUUGGAUACAGAACGUCACAGCAAGAGCGUGAACGCGCCUGGGAGAGUGAGAUAGCGAGGAAGCGCGCGCGAUUGAGAGAGAGAGAGACGGGCAAUCAAAAAGCACAGCAUCUCUCCCAAUGCAAAAGCCGCGGGACCACCGUAGCAAACGGAGCCGGUGGUGAGCACAACGACCGCGCUGUUGCAGGAGAAGCUGAAGAUGCCGAUAGAUUAAACCCGAGACUUACGUGUGUAGAAUCAGCGUUCGUUGCCGGGAAACCGGAACAUUUCACGAAAAUCUAAAUGUAAAGAUUGUUGGUUAGGAUCUAAGAGAAUAAAAGCAAGUCGUAGACGUGAAUGAAUGUUUUUCUUUAAUCUCCCAUGUGUUAUGUUGGGAAAGUCAAGCUGUCGUCUGCAAACACCAAUUUAAACGGACAAAUUCAACUAGACUUCAUGUACGUAUACUUUCCGUUAAUCGAGCGGCGCACGUACGCAGUUUUAUUUAUUUAUUCCUAAUGUAUCUGAUGUCGAUGGUUGUCAGUAGACGACGUGAAACAUUUACUGCUAUUCUCGGACGCCGGAGUACCGUUUUCCCCCGACUCUCUGCAUAUGAAAAAAUGCAGCUCAUGCUGAUGGAUUUGCCCUGACAACGAUCGAGAAAACGAGGAAAUACCCACAGUUUUCCUCAUACAUAAACCGCGGAUUUCUGCCUGCUGGUCAUAAUCAGGAUUGCUGACCAUCUGUGUGGCCUUUUUGACUGACCCCAUGAGGACGGCUAAGGGAGAUGGAACGUAACAGAUUGUUCAACAUUGCUGUCUGCUGCAUUUCUAUGAUAACCAACGAGUGCUGAGCACAACAUCAGUCGCUCCUCCACCCCAACCCUUCCACAGCCCCUACUCCUAUCCUCCCUUUUUGUUCCCUCUUUUGAAUUCCUGCAAGAUACCCAAGCAGCCAGGUUCACAUAUUCCCCUAUGUUUGUUUAACUUUCGUUUGCCCUUUACAUGUGACGAAGCACAGAGGAGGUUAAUUAACCGCUGAAGCGAAGAAAGAAAGAAAGAAAGAGAGAAAGACAGAGUCAUGCAUCUCCCCCAUUCCUGUAAACGUGACUUGGGCCAUGCCCACAUUUUAGAAUCCACUCACAUGAUCCCCAUCCUCUGGUUGACGCUCUGGAUCGCACUGGCAUCGUGUCAACGUAUUGAUCCUGGUACCAAGUAUCCCACUGUGACCACGAACUACGGCAAGAUACGUGGGAUCAAAAAAGAGCUCAACAAUGAGAUUCUGGGUCCGGUGGAACAGUACCUGGGCGUCCCAUACGCCACGGCACCCAUCGGGGACCGCCGCUUCCAGCCGCCUGAAGCUCCGGGGUCCUGGCAGGAAAUGCGUAAUGCCACGCAGUUCGCCCCUGUGUGCCCACAAAACGUGCAUGGUGUUUUGCCUGAAAUCAUGCUGCCUGUUUGGUUUACAGACAGCUUGGACGUAGCUGCCACCUACAUUCAGAAUCAGAGCGAAGAUUGUCUCUACCUCAACGUCUAUGUGCCCACAGAAGAUGGUCCACUCACAAAAAAACACGAUGAAUCGACACUGAACCGGCCACGAGAUGAAGACAUCCGUGACCGCAGGAAGAAACCCGUCAUGCUGUUUAUUCACGGCGGAUCUUAUAUGGAAGGAACCGGAAACAUGUUUGAUGCCAGCGUACUCGCGGCGUAUGGCAACGUCAUUGUGGUCACCAUGAACUACAGACUGGGAGUUCUGGGUUUCCUCAGUACAGGAGACCAGUCGGCUAAAGGGAACUAUGGACUGUUGGAUCAAAUCCAAGCCCUGCGAUGGCUGAAUGAGAAUAUUGGGCACUUUGGCGGCGACCCUGAGCGGAUCACUAUCUUUGGCUCUGGUGCUGGAGCAACUUGUGUCAACCUGCUCAUCCUAUCACACCACUCUGAGGGCCUAUUUCAGAGAGCUAUUGCUCAGAGCGGCUCAGCCAUCUCUAGCUGGUCCAUUAAUUACCAGCCCUUGAAGUACACCAAGAUUCUGGCACGUAAAGUGGGAUGCACAUACGGCGAGACGGCAGACCUGGUGGACUGUCUCCGCAGGAAAAACUUCAGAGAGCUGGUGGAUCAGGACAUCCAGCCGGCUCGCUACCAUAUUGCAUUUGGACCUGUUGUGGAUGGAGAUGUUGUGCCAGAUGACCCUGAGAUCUUGAUGCAGCAGGGGGAGUUCUUGAACUACGACCUUCUCAUUGGUGUAAAUCAAGGUGAGGGGCUUAAGUUUGUGGAUGAUGGUGGCACUGAGAGUGAGGAAGGAAUUUCAGCAGCAGCUUUUGACUACACCAUCUCCAACUUUGUAGACAACCUCUAUGGAUACCCUGAAGGUAAAGACAUUCUGAGAGAGACCAUUAAGUUCAUGUACACAGACUGGGCAGACAGAGACAAUGGGGAAAUGCGGCGCAAGACUCUCCUUGCAUUAUUCACCGAUCAUCAGUGGGUGGCGCCAGCCGUCGCUACUGCCAAGCUCCAUGCAGAGUACCAGUCACCCGUCUACUUCUAUACAUUCUACCAUCACUGCCAAACAGAGACCCGACCCGAAUGGGCAGACGCGGCACACGGGGACGAGAUUCCGUAUGUGUUUGGCGUGCCCAUGAUCGGGGCCACAGACCUUUUCCCGUGUAACUUUUCCAAAAAUGAUGUCAUGCUUAGUGCUGUAGUCAUGACCUACUGGACCAACUUUGCCAAGACCGGGGAUCCCAACUUACCGGUUCCUCAAGACACCAAGUUCAUCCAUACCAAGCCUAAUCGUUUUGAGGAAGUAAUCUGGACCAAGUUCAACUCCAAAGACAAGCAGUAUCUCCACAUUGGCCUCAAACCUCGCAUCCGUGACAACUACCGUGCGAACAAGGUUGCCUUUUGGCUGGAAUUGGUUCCUCACCUUCACGACGAGUUCCUAAGCUCCACCACAACUCGGCUGCCUCCGGGCACCACCCGUACCCCACCCUGGAAGGGCACGGGAGCCCGCACGACACGCCAUCCAUUCCCUACCUUACCUUCGGAAACAGAUCCAGAUAGUUCGGAGCCUCCCAGAUUUUCACCCUUCCCCGAUGACACCCGUGACUACUCCACUGAAUUGAGCGUGACGGUAGCUGUUGGCGCCUCUCUUCUCUUCCUCAACAUCCUCGCCUUCGCUGCACUUUACUACAAACGCGAUAAACGGCACGAGAUGCGACGGCACCGGCUUUCCCCGCAGCGAGGCGUGGCCGCUAAUGAUUUAGCGCACAGUCAAGAAGAGGAGAUCAUGUCUCUCCAAAUGAAGCAUUCGGAGCACGACGCGCAUCACGACAUGGAGCCGUUGCGACCGCAUGAUAUUUUACGCCCGGCGUGCCCGCCCGACUACACGUUGGCACUGAGACGGGCGCCGGACGAUGUUCCGCUAAUGACCCCGAAUACCAUUACUAUGAUUCCUAGUACCAUCACCAGCAUGCAACCCCUCCAUGCCUUUAACCCUUUUCCCACAACCACCGGCCACAACAACACCCUUCCCCACCCCCACUCUACCACCCGUGUAUAGUACCGCUCCCAAAACAAGAGGACUUGCUCUCUUGCAUAUCCGGUUUUCUCUCUCUGUCCACAUUUUGAACUACUCCUGCAUACGUUGUAUACAGUAUGGAUGUGUGUUUAUUGACUCUACAGCGAGCAACGGUUUCGUCCGGCAGUGACGAGUCAUACCGGAAUUCAACGUGCCGUUUGUUUAUCCAUAAUGCCCUUAAAUAGCCAGGGCGACUGACUGGUCAAUGAUUGACUAAUGAUCUGAUGUCAUACAAGGGGAAAAAUACAAUUUUUCCCACUUUUCUUCUCGAACUGAAGUGGCAGAGUGCUGAUAUCAUCUCUCCAUCUACUUUCUUUCGUUCUUUUCUUAUCCUUCCUUGUUUUUCAUUACAGUGCUGUCACAACCAAACCAUGCGUCUCUCCUCCUGUGAGCACUGCUUAAAUGUGAUCUGUAAGCUUGGAUUAUGUUUUACAUGAAUCGUAGGGGCAUUCGAUAAAAAAACAAAACCUGGAUAUGUUGUGUUUACCUGCAGUCUUGUGUCAAGUAUUAAAUUAUACCUUGUGACAACAGAUACAGAGAAUGAGAGAACAUGAUAAUGUCUGACAGAAGACAAAAACAAAAGUGCCAACCUGCUCUCUCUCUCUCUCUCUCUCUCUCUCUCUCCCCAUCUUAUAGUUUGCCUAUGUGUUGUUUCUUAGGAAGAUUUUUGUAUGUACAGAUAUAUAGACAAAUAUAUAAAGAAUGAUAUAUAUUUACAUGGUUUGCUCAGUGGGAUCUAUGCAUGAAAUGUUUUUAAAACAAGAAGGACACUGAGCUGUAAACUCUCACAGCACAUUAUUUGUCGAUCCACUUUAGUUUGCGUGCUUAAAACAGGUACAAAAAUGAUGUCAGCAUCAGUCAAGCUGUAACUUCGUCUUCAGCAGGUCGAUAUUCUCUCUUUCAAUCCCAAGCAAAUUUAAGGUUACUGGCAAAUAUUUUACUCGUACAGAGUGGUGGUGAUAUUACCAUUGACCUGGAUAGUGCUGUACAAUAGUGAACUACCAGAACUACCAGUUACAUGCAUAUAACAUCUUACAUCUCUUUUAAAAGGCCUGUGACGAUGUACAUAUACAGCAUUUAGCUUUAAAUUGACAUUUUUAGGAAGCGAGGCAAAUUCAAAUGAUGUUCCUUCAUCUCAUAUCGCUCUCCCUAUUGUUUCUCUUUUCAUUAAAGCAUUUUUGGUAUUAUAGGAGCCAGCUUAGUAUGCAUCGUUAUAUUCAUUUGUGGGUACACACAAGAAGAGUGAAUUAUGCAGCAACGGUUUCUCGCCAUGAAAGGGGGUACAUUCCUAUUGUGGUCGAUCACACAGAACGUGUUUUAACCAUUUUAACCCGUUUCCACCAAGGCAGCUAUCCUGUCAAUCAAAUAUUGAAGGCUGAGUGCUCUUUAAACUUUGAUUUGCUGUUAACUGUCAUAUGAGCAGAAACGUUAAAAAGAGGACGCUUGCUCUGACCUUGAUCGAGGUGCACAAACACACAGGAGACAGUGUCUGUGUCCGCCUACUUCCAUACUAUAUAGUAGGCGAGACAACUAGUAUGUCCAAAUGCAUAGGAUUGCAUAGGUAGGCGAAAAGUAGCCGGAUGACUUACUACGUCCGGCGAGACCCCGCAGUGUCCAUGCCAUGGACACUUUGCUAUCCCAUGAGCCACCGGGAGAAGACGGAGGGGCGUUGUUUUAUUCAAAAAUGUCCAAAAGGGGUUACACAGCUCUAUUCAAAUGCAAUUAUAUAUAUUAAACAGCUGUCCCUUGUGGUUAAAUUGCGGUAUUUUAAAGUCAUUCCAGUUAACGACCUGGAAUGACAACGUAUGUCACGUGACAGGCAGAUGUAGUACGUCCGAAGUCAUAGUAUCCAUUUUCAUACGAUAUAGAACGUACUGUUUUAACUGUCGAUGAGCAGGUACUUCAUCUAAUUCAGUACCUACUGUCACGGUACCUACUGCAAUUUUGGACACAGCCAGUGAGUGAGUAAAGUCGGUUAUUCCAAGCCACUGUACGGUACCGUGUACACCAAAGCAUUUACGUCGGCAGCCGGCGUAUCUUUCAAUUGUUUCCAGUGGAAGGGUGGCGCUUUUCAAAAACACCAGCAGCUGACGGGUUUUGUUUUGUU